GGCGGAAUAUACCAUUAUUUUGAAAAGGGGUGGUGUCAUCCUUUUAAAUGCAGAAAUUCCAAUUUAAUCAAUAUUUUAUGGGAAGAUAAUGUUUUUUCUGAAAGAAAGUAUUACUAUUUCAUGUCGAUAGAUUUUGAAGGUGGUGAUGCAUGCAUAUUGUACCACUGCAUCGGCAUCCGGUGAUCCCGAAAUUGUCCACUUGCACUUAACUCAUGUUGUUUCCUGGGAACAGUAAAUAAACCGAAGUUGCGAGGAGAAUUUGAUCUACUAAAUGAGGCGAAAUUGAACAGAAAAAAAGCAUGAGCCCACCCAGUGGUCAAAUAAUUACAUAAAUUAAAAAGAAUGACAGUCUUCGCUCUGUUUUAAAAAAGUAGUGGUGGGUAAGGCAUCAGUACGGGACUGGCGUCAGUUGGCGUCUGAUCGCUGGACCUCACCGAUCUGAUUCUGGCUCGGUGGCUUGCGAUCAUGUCACAGAAUAGCGUGAUGGUGAACAUUAAGCUGUCAGUGUGUGCAGUCAACGUAUCAUUGAUUAACAAAGAAACUGUGUGUCUGUGUGCUGCCAGGGACGACAAAUUGAGAAAUCAGAACCAAGUGAAGGGGAAAGUGAUGCGUGUGUGAUAUAACUUGAAAGAACUUCGCGUGACUGCUUCGAUUGACGGGGCAGUAGAAUCAAAAUGUUGAGUUCUUUGGCUCGUGGCAGUAGUUCCUGGACGGGAGAGGUGAACUUAGAUGCUAAAUCACAGAUUGCAGCGGCUGAAAAAGCUGUGAAAAUUGGACCAACUGAACAUCAUAAACAUGGAGUCACAGUCACACCUCGAACAUGGAGUAGUCGAGCAUCUAACAGGGACAUUCUGCUAUGCAACCAAACACUGUUUCAGUUGAUAAAACCACUGGAUGUCUUGGUCUGCCAAGAACAUACUUGACCAGGAAAGGACCACUGCUACUCUUCACAGCACCUGAGAACACAUCUGAAAAAAAACAACCUCCACAAACAUUACCCAAGAAAUUGAAUCAGCAAAAGCUUAUAGACCUGAGCCUUAAACUGGGGACACUGGAGCGAUUAACUUUGUCUGUCUUACAAUAUGGUGACAUGAAUUUUGAUCGUGAGAACUGCAGUGUAACAGACAAAGAAAACCGCUGGGUACUGAAAUUUUUGCAUGAUCUGGACAAGAAUGAAUCUAAUGCAUCUCAGCCUAUGGUUGACAGGCAUGUCCAGCCUGGGGAAGACCUCAGAUUCUACCUCAGGGACCUUAAACAAAGAGCUAGCACAAGAGCAUAUGGCCAAGAGAGGUGCUUGUCCAGUCGUGCUAGGUCUCAAGAACUGAGAGAGAUUCUGCAACAGCUAGAAGAUGCAUUGCCACUGUCCUGUUCUCAGCCUGCAUCUCAGCCUCCAGCAUGUCAUGCUGAUGGCUCACAAUCCAGCCUAGAUGAGUUCUUUUACUCCUAUUCUCCUAUCAGCUCUGAAUCAUUCAGAACCCAUCAUCAGCAAGAGUACUGUCCAGUCGCAAGCUAGCAGCAUCCCUCAAAUCUGCCAAUUACCUUGGGCGACCAUCGUCAUCUGAUGUGGGAGAAGCUUACAAAUUCACACCUCCCAACGUUGAUUAUGGCCAGCAAAACAGGCAAGCAGUUAGAGGUCACCGCAUUAAAUCAGCCACCUGGACAAGGUUUUCAGGAAGCACAGAAGUACCAAACCGUCCCAAGUCCUCCCACUAUUUUGGCAGAGGACAGUCUGGUGGCUCUCAACACUUGAUGACAUCUCCUGACCUAGAGGGCAUUCAGCAGAAAAAUCUCAGUGUUCCAGUUAUUGAAGAGGAGACAGGCAGUCCAGUGACAGAAAAUGAGGAAGAACAUCACAUCAGCGUGCAUUUAGACUCAGACACAGGAUAUACAGAAGCAAGUGAGCACCUAGCUGUGGGGCAUGGCAAGGAAGGGGAAACAGAAUAUGACC